CGCAGGCGCGCUGAGGUGGCGGGGCCAUGGCGGCGGCUCGGCUCUGCACAGUUAGGACUAAAGUCUGCAUGRCACCAGCUGUUGGCAGAUGUCUACAGAAGACGCUGUGGACAAGGUCAUGGAGAAGGGAAGAUGCUCACCAGCCCUGGAUUUUUGGUUCAUGGCAGUGUUUGCAGUCACAAACCCAGCGCGUUCAUGGUGUCAGUAAUUACCUCAGGAGAGCACGGGAGCCGUCUGUGUGUCUGUCCCAUUCAGCCCCUGCUGCUGUGCUCCAACAGAACGCUGUGGAUGGCAGGACUGAAGAGUUCAAACUGGUGUACAGGUUCCCAGGGAUAAAGUACUGCAGGGUGCUGUCCAGGCUGAAGCUGCUGCAGACUGCCACCUCUGUGGUCCUGCUGCCUCCCAUCUGCUACCUCUACCUGCAGGGCCAGGUGUCUGAGARCAUCCUCUUCUAUACAACUGGCAUCGCCGUCUUUGCUGGGGUGAUGUUGUAUGGGAUGAGCUACUUUUUCAGAAGAAUUAUUGGAUUAAUCUACUUAAGUGAAAGUGGCCAAACGGUCAGAGUGGCCCACUUGACRUUUUGGGGAAGACGGAAUGACAUUUACUGUCCUAUAGAGACAGUGGUGACUUUGGAUGAAGUUGGAGAUAGCAAGGAGGAGCUCCUCCUCCAGUUCAAACGGUCUGACAGUACAGACACUUUGUAUUUUACAAUUAAGUAUGGCCAGAUUAUAGAYAAAAAGAAGUUUACUCAAAUAUUUGGAGAACUUGUGUAAUACAGCAACUCAUUUCCAGUGAUUAUCCAUGUAGCAUGUUCAUUGUGUUUAUUGUUCCAUGAGGUUUAAGUAGUUUACCAAACUACACAUCCCUAUUGUUUUCCUGUCCAAAGCCUGCUCUAACUGCACCCAGUGUGGAAAUUCACAGUGGUAAAGAGCAGCCCACUGGAUUAAAGCUCUUGCAGUUCGUGUAUGGUGUGAGAAGCAUCUGUUCCAUGUCGGAUUCAGUAAUGUCACAGCAUUCCAAGUCUGAGCUGUUCUCCUUGGAAUGUGCCCUUGGAGGCCAAAUUACUGGAGCUGACCCUGGCUGUUUGUUUCAGUUGGCCUCUUUGGUUGUUAUGAAACAUGAAAAAAUGCUUGAAAUUAACYGCAGGAGCUGCUGGAGCAUCUUCACUUCUAACUCGGUUUUUCUUUUAGCCAAUUUUGGGUUGGCUGGGAAGCCUCUGGAAAUUAAUGCUGGUCUAGUACAUGGAUAUGAUGAGUACUGCUGAAUGUCAGAGGGACACAUGCUCAUGUGUUAAUGCAAUUGAGGGAACUGCAAAGGUGUGUGGGGUCUCCUAGCCUCAGGGGGUCUCCAGGAUGGGAAUGGAACUGGGCAAAACAAGGGUGUGCUGUGAGAGACACUGGCAGCGCAGCUGUAAGGCUGAGUUAGAGGCUGGGACAAUGUUUCAGGAGCCUCUUACAGAAAUUGCUUCUCCACUGGAAUGGGAAAAGCAGCACCAGUGUCAUGAAGGACUGUGGGCUUAUUCCAUSGUGGUGGUAUGAUUCCUCCUUUUCCAAAACCUUUGUAGAAAUGAGGAAUUUAAACCUGAGAAAGAAUCAAACCUAUCACUUAUAACAUGUAACACAUUUUUUUUUUGAGUUGUCAGAAUCAAGGUAACUCCUUACACCACUCUUCUAGCUCUUACUUUAUUUGAAACUGGCAAAUAAACUGACCCUCACCAAUAAUCCAGAGUGUUCUUUUCCUUAUUUCUUCCUCAUGUGAAGCGAAACCUCUGUGUUUUGGUGGAUCAGCAGAGUCAGAUAAGCAAAAUUGCCAUUUAAGUGAACAGGGUAACGCUGAAUUAUUCUUUAUUCAUGUUGAACUUUUCCUAAUGGAGCUCUGUGAGUUUAAAUUUUGGCUGAUACUGUGUGGCACAGCAAUAUAAAAAAAAAAAAAAAAUCCAAAUGUUCCUUGGUGUAAACACCAUGUCUGCAAAAUACAGUGGGCUGGACAGGUACACUAUUUUUUUUGAGAUUUAUUUUCAUCAGAAUAUAUUUAAUAUGCACUAAUGGUUCAGUGUAGGCACAUACUGGGUAUAAAAUGAAACUCCCUGGAGAAGUUCAAUUAUAAAUAUUUUAUUUAAGAAUAUUGAUUACACAUGAGAUGUCAUUUGUUAUGAAUCUGUGUACAGUUACUAGUUACACCAUGAAGUGUACUUAAGUAUUUGUUUAAACAUUUAUUUGGCACUGUCCACAGUAUGCUGUAAACAAUAUUAACUUUAUAUGCUUCAGCUGCAGUGCUUUCUAUGUAUUCUCUAACGAUUUCAUCAACAUGUUGUACACAAUUAUACAGUUACUGAGUGUCAGUAAAAAUUAUAAAAACAYCUAGAGUAGUCAUAAUAAAAGUGAAGAUGUGGUAAGACUUCAAAUUACUGGACCUUUGCUUCUGUAAAAGUACAAGACUUGCUAGAGACAUUCACUAAAACUACUGCACUGAUAUGUUGAACAAACUAAUUCCCAAAAUGCUGCCAAAUCCAGUUCUCGGUU